AUGAAUCUACACUGUGAAGACAGCGGAAAUAUAGAUGGUGAUAUAGACCACACCAGCAUAGAGCAUAAUGGUAUGAGACGACUUCGACAUUCAGCAGAUACAAUGGAUGAAGUUACUCCUGGAGACGAAGACGAUCCUGCCGUAUCUGAUUGUCCGCGGUUGUGCGACUGUAAAUGGAAAAAUGGUAAAGAAACUGUUCUUUGCCAAGGUGCUAACUUGUCUGCUAUACCAGCCAAACUAGAUGCAGGGACACAGGUUUUGGAUUUGACCGCCAAUGAUCUUGGAACUAUCACACGCGAAGCCUUCAGCAACGCAGGACUUUUGAAUCUUCAAAAAAUAUUUUUAGUCAGAUGCCGUUUGAGAUCCCUAGACAGAUUUUCAUUCAGAAAAUUGUCAAAUCUUGUCGAACUUGAUCUAGGUUAUAAUCUUCUAAGUACAGUGCCAUCAAAUGCAUUAGAAUCGACACCAGAAUUGCGAGAAUUGAAACUUAGCGGAAAUCCUAUUCAACGCAUAUCCGAUGAGGCAUUUGUUAAAGUUCCGCAACUUGUGCGAUUAGAAUUAUCGGAUUGCAGGAUAAGUACAUUAGAACCACGAGCUUUUGCUGCAUUAGAGGAUACAUUAGAGUGGCUAAAACUCGACGGAAAUCGUUUGGUAGACGUUAGGUCAUCUACUCUCACAAUGUUGCAUGGCUUACACGGGAUAGAAUUAGCUUCUAACCCAUGGAAUUGCACAUGUAGUCUACGACCUCUGCGGGAAUGGAUGCUUGAUGAAAACGUUCCGUGUGAUGUUCCGCCAGUCUGCAGGUUUCCUGCAAGGCUGUCAGGAAAAACAUGGGAUAGACUGGAGUUAGAUGAGUUUGCUUGUGCACCAGAAAUUUUGGCUCCAGAUCCGAAAGCUCAUGGAGUUGAAGGAAGAAAUAUCACAAUGCGAUGUAGAAUUGGUGGAGUACCAGAACCUAGCGUGCGUUGGUCAUUACGUAAUCGUGUGAUCGCAAAUUUGACAACAAUCCAUGGAAAGAAAACAUAUGUUGUUAGAGCAAAAGACAAUGAAAUUGAUUUAACGAUUACAGCUGCUGACGCACAAGAUGCUGGUAUCUACACUUGUGCCGCUGAAAAUAAAGCUGGGCGCGCUGAAGCCAGCGUAACAUUAGCAGUUUCUAGAAAACCACCGGAUGCACCUCUGUCAGGAAAAAUGAUUAUGGCAACACUAAUAUUGGCCAUAAUAUUUGUGACAGGGUCAUGUUUGAUAGCAGUUUGCUUCUUUAGAAGACAAAAACGUCGUCCGCCACGAUGGAAUAAUACAAACAAUAGUAGACGUGAAGAUAGCUAUGAGAAGAUAGAAAUGAAUCACAAAGCUUCAAGACCAUCAGUAACUAAUGGUAUGAGUGCGUCGCCUACUAGCACAUGCCCUACUGUCGCAAUGGUACAACCAGUCAAACGGCGUGGAAAAUACCUGCAUGUACCAACACAAGAUACUGAAGAUGAAGAUCCUGGUUAUGAAGAUGAUGUAGAAACACCUACACCUUCAACAAUAGCAAUAGGCAAAGAAGAAAAGAGUUGGAAAGCAGCAAGCGCAGUGCAAGGUCCAAGCAUAGGAAAUGUUGUAAGAAGUCCUACAGAUAGUUCUAAUUGGACAUCUGAAACUGGUAGUGAAAUACGAUCAGAUGAUACAGACUUACACAUACCUCGACUUUCAGAAUUAAGAGUUGACUCGACGCCAGAGUCUGGUCCAAGCUCAACCUCAGGUCAAUUCAAUAUUUUUGGAAAUGUUAAUAAUAAUCCUACAACUCCUGGAAAUUCUGGGAACAAUAACUAUGCAAUAUUGCCCGCUACUCAUCAUCCUCCCUAUAAACCUGUAGUACCGCAACGUGGAAUGCGCAAGCAUGCCAUUGGUGUAAACCAAAAUAUGCCGCUUGGCUCCAUUGUUGAUAAUCAAAUGCAGAAACGAGUAGUCAAUAGUGAUGGUAGUGAUAAUGAAAGAAACUUCCCAGAUUUGCUAGAUACAAGAGCAUAUGGUGAUACUACAGGAGAUCCAGGAAAGCAGAGGGAGAAUGCGUUUUGCACGCUUCCAAGGAAGAGGGGAACGAAAAGUGGAAACUCCAGAUACCACAGAGGGUCUGAUAGUGAAUCUCCGUUACUCCAAGAUAGUAGAUAUAGCAGCAAUAAUAGUGGCAGUAUGACUGAAUCCGGUGCAUCAUCGUAUCAUCAAUAUAGAAAUUUUCCAAAUCAGAACAAUCGAUUACUAUCAUCAACAAAUCAACGUUCCAGCAGUUUUCUCAACUUGUCUUCAUCACCAGUUAGUUCUCACGAUCCACCUAGUCUUCCGAGUUCACCUGUUCGAUCCACAACAGCAUCCGCAACUCCUUUAUUAAAUAUAAACAGUCUAAAUUCCAGGGCUGAUCAUGCGUUAGUUGGAGGAAGAUACGACUAUCAUUCUGCACAGUUAGAAAGAUUUUUAGAUGAAUACAGAUGUCUUAGAAGACAAUUGACCGAAAUGAAGGAAACGUGUGAUGGUUUAAGAAUUAAAAGUUCAAAACCAGAAGCACCUAUAAGAACAGUUGCUGGUGGGACAUCAAGAUAUGUUAGUGAUAAUGGAAGUGAACUAGAUGAAGAUGAAAGAAAAGAUGUUAUGAUUUCACCACUGACGUCAGUGGCAUCAGAUCCACCUCCGCCUUAUUGGAUGCCAAGAAAUACGUUGUUAAAAAGACUCGGUGCUAAUGAUUAUUACCAAAGCUGA